UGAACGAAAGCUGAGCAUCAUGUUUCUACUGGCUGUCGCCAUCAUCAUAGCCACCAUUUUGGUGUUUAAGGGCGUCCGAAUAUUCAAUUAUCUCGACCAUAUGGCAGGCAUCAUGGAAAUGAUACCUGGUCCCACCCCAUAUCCGUUUGUAGGAAAUCUCUUUCAGUUUGGCCUGAAGCCUGCUGAGUAUCCAAAAAAAAUUCUUCAAUAUUGCCGAAAAUAUGAUUUCCAAGGCUUCCGCUCAUCCGUAUUCCUACAGUAUCACAUAAUGCUGAGCGAUCCAGCGGAAAUUCAGAACAUGCUCUCGAGCUCGUCGCUUCUGUAUAAGGAACACUUGUAUUCCUUUUUACGGCCGUGGCUCGGUGACGGACUGCUCACCAGUUCCGGAGCGCGUUGGCUGAAGCAUCAGAAGCUGUACGUGCCCGCCUUCGAGAGGGCCGCCAUCGAGGGCUAUUUGCGUGUAGUGCACAGGACAGGCUUGAAGUUGGUCCAAAAGCUGAGUGGUGAGGCCGAGGCAGGGACGCUCUUCGACGCCCAGGAGUGGGCUGGGAAGUGUACACUGGAUAUUGUGUGUGAAAACGCCACAGGCAUUGCAAGCAAUUCACUGGACGACGAGCCCUCGAACUUACAUAGUGCCAUCAAAGACCUUUGCGAUGUCAUCCAGGCACGAACCUUUAGCAUCGUGAAACGCUUCGAUGCGCUUUUCCAAUUGACGCCCUACUACAUGAAGCAGCGGCGCGCAUUGCAGCUGCUCCGAAGUGAAGUUAAGCGGAUUGUAGAGCAACGACGUAGGCAGUUGGCAGAUGGCACUGAAAAGACGGCCACCCAUCGACCAUUUUUGGACGUCCUUCUUUCGGCCAAGCUGGACGGACGUGCUCUCAAAGAACGUGAAAUUGUCGAGGAGCUCUCGACGUUUAUCUUCACGGGCCAUGAUCCCGUUGCCGCUGCCUUGAGCUUUACGCUAUACACGCUUUCACGGCAUGCACACAUCCAGCAGAAGGUCUACGAGGAGCAACAGAGUCUGUUCGGAACCGAGCUGGAAGCCGGGGGAGGGGCCGAUGUUGAUUGCGCGCGCCUGGAGCAAAUGCGUUACUUGGACUUGGUCAUACGUGAGACAUUGCGUCUAUAUCCGUCGGUGCCGCUGAUUGCACGCACCAAUCGCAAGUCAAUUGACAUCAAUGGCACCAAAGUGGCCAAACGAACCACGGUUAUUAUGUGUCUCAUAGCCAUGGGCUACAACGAGCGCUACUUUGAUGAGCCCUGCGUCUUCAGGCCAGAGCGUUUUGAGGACGCCCUUGACAAUGAGACCAAGGAUACUGGAAUUGAGGCGUUUAAAAGCGUGCCAUUCAGCGCUGGCGCCAGAGGUUGCAUAGCGGAAAAGUACGCGAUGUAUCAAUUAAAAUCGCUCUUGUUGUUGCUGGUUCGUCACUUCGAAGUCCUUCCAGCUGUGGACAACUUGCCUGCCGGCAUCAAUGACCACUCUCGCGUGGACUGCGUGCCACAGAGCGAAUACGAUCCAGUGCUGAAUAUACGAGUAACACUCAAAUCUGAAAACGGCAUACAAGUCCGACUAAGAAAGCGCUCGACCGCGAAAUAAAGCAUCAACAGAUUAA